GUUCACAACUCUACUCGGGUACCCAACCUCCAAAGAAACCAGAAUCAAAGAACAAUACAAAACCACCGAGCAAAAAGGUCCAAAUAUAGCAAAACAACAGAAGUGUACAAAUAUUGGAUACGUGGAUUUGUUUAUCAGUUUAUUGUGUUUUACUUCGUUCUUUUCUGCUUUUAUUUUGUUUUGUUGUCUCUUUUCCGAUGCUAUUGUUUCGGGUAUUAACUCCGAAGUUUUGUUCGCACGCUUUUCCAAAAUGGUUACUACAGAGACCCUCAAUCAUCUGCUUCGUCAGCACUUUCAUUCACUUCUCCUCGGGGCUUAACAUUCCACAUGUGUGCGUUGUUCAUUGCAGGGCAUGGCAAUAAAACCAUACCACUAGGUGGCGCGCUCUACCACUGUGAACACCAUGCAUAGAGGUCAGCCAUGAAAAUUUUGUGCGAAUUGUACGCUGCGGGGGCUUGCGGCUAGCACAGGAUCGAUAGAGAAGGGCGACCCACUUUCUCAACAGAAAAAUUAAGAAAAUAAUACACAAAAACAAAAACAUAAUCUAACGAUGUGUUGGCUGCCGCUGUAGUUUUCAGAAGUAUCAAUUUGAGGGCCACCAAAUGGACAAUGUGCAAAAUUAACUUGCUUCAAACAACAAUUAGAAGCUUUUACAACACUAAAAGCUGAUCUAAUGGAAAAGUACACAAUCCCAAAUGCCAUACCUUCAAAGGGAGUGGGUAUAGCAUAUUACAAAGCUUUACUUGACGAAGUGCCACACAAUUACUCCAGUAUUCCAAUUAUUGUCCAUUGCAUUGUUGCACAAGUAUCAGUGUAUGAUUGUUUCAGUGAAGAUCUAGAGGCGCUGGAAAUUGCUAAAUUAAACAAACAAAUGGUUGGAAAAUUAGAAAACACCUUCCAAAAGCUCGGUCAUUGUGCGCAGUCCAUGCCUAAGCCAUGUAAUGCUGGAUCAGGUUCAAAGUGCAAGUGCAAUUUGCAGACUAAAAAAGAGGCAAAUGAAACAAAUCAUUUGGUGAUGGAAGAAUUACCAAAUAAUACUCCACCUGAUGCAGAUUUAACAUCACGAUUAAUCGGUCGUCAGAUGUUGGAGUUCAAAGAAUGUUUCAUGAAAAAUCAAGAUAAUGACAAUUUUCUAUGCAUUGUCCAUGAAUUUGAUAAGUUUGGAAGACUUGAAGCAAUGGUUAAAAAUCAAUUGUUAAUGUUUUGGGAUUCAGUGGAUGUUAUUAAAGUUGAGAAGCAUAUGUUAUCUUUACUUAAUUAUCCAGGUAAAAAUAGAGCAUCCAUGCCUCAUUCUCCACUAUUAUCUGAAGAGAAACAAUAUGAAUGUUUGAAGGCUUUGCAAAUGUUUGCAAAUGGAGGACCUGAAACAUAUGAAAAAGAUGAUUGUCUUUUGUACAAAGAAUUGGAUGAUAUAUAUGGUCCACCUGUGAUUCAAGAAAUUCCACAAAAUCCGUUGUUUCAAUUGAAACCAGUUAAUUUUGCUAUUGUUCAAAGGUUCAAAAAACUUAAGAUGUUUUUGGAAACACUGUUGAGAAAACCCAAUAGUCUUUAUUAUAUGCCACCAAUUUUGGAAGAACAAGUGCUUCCAAAGUAUACAUGUAAAAAAAUGGAUUCCAUAUCAAAUGAUUCCACAAAAACAUUGUUUCAAGAAGAAAAGCAUCUUGAGAAGAGUGAUUGUACAAUAGUUGAGAACAAUGAGCUUUCAACUUCACAAUUAGAUUUCAACAUCUCCUCCUUUUCAACUAUAUCACCAUCAUCAAAGCCUAUUGACAUGGCUUUGAUAUAUCAAAAGAUUCUUGAAAGAAAUAUGUUUGAAUCAUACCCAAAUGAUCUUUUGGGAGAAAUCUAUUGCAAAGCUAAAAUAAGACUCCCCUAUAGACUAUUGAGAUAUGAUGAUGAAGAUGAUUGUCUUCUUGAAGUUUUAUAUGCAGAUGAAAGAGACCACAUAUGGAAAGGAACUAUGGCAUCUGAGAUUGGAUUGGAUGGCAUUGUUGCAAAUAAAAACCAUACAUCAUAUGAUAUUGAACCACAAGAUGCAACAAUCUUUGAACAAUUUAAAUGUCAUUUAACUGAAAAUGAAGGUUUUGUUUGGACUGGUUUACCUUCAAAAACUGCCACUCAAAUGGAACCUCAAACAACUGUUAUUAAAGAUAGCAACAUGAUAUUGCUCCGAAGCUAUGGUGAGAAUGAUAAUUCUCAGUGUGCAAUGGAUAAAAAUGUAAUAGCAAUUUUAAGAGAUGGUAUUGUGGUGUGUUUUUUUAUAGCAAAAGAUGGAACUAUGACUAUGCAAAUCACAAAUCCGGCAAGCGAAACUAUUGAAAUUAAUUCAACUGGAGUAGUUUUGAUGUACUCUUCAAAGCUUCAUUCACAAGUCGAACCAAAAGAAGCCCAAGUAGAUGUGAAUCAAUCCACACCACAAAAGCUAGCACAAGAGGUUUCUACAAGUGAUGAAAAAUGCGACAAAAGUUUUGCAUAUCAAAGUUAUGUAGAGACUAUAAAAGAUGUACUUCUUUUGGAGAAAGGUGACGUGGAAGAUUGGCGAUGUGUCUUACCUUUGGGCACCGUUGUCUGUUAUAAAAAUAAUAAAAAUAUCCAGAUUAUGUGCCAAAAUGGCAAUGUAAGUGAUUGGAGAGCAGACUUAGAAGAACCAUGUUGGAUCACGACCAACAAUGAAGGUUGUAGGGUAAUACAGCAAGAUCCUCCAAUUGAAGGUGAAUCAAACAUGCUACGAAAACCAGAAAUUUUCAGUGGUACAAAGUUCAAAUAUAUACAUCAAGAAAAAAACAUAUAUACUGAUAUAUAUAUAUAUAUAUAUAUAUAGAUAGUACACAAAAUUUAAAUGUUCAUGUUUUGUAUACAUAUAUAUAUAUAUAUAUAUAUAAGAAAGGAAACCAUUUGGUAAGCUAUAUGAUUGUUGGGAUUUUACAAUGACAUAUUGUAAUUUUUAAUAUUAUGAUUUUUUAAAAUAAUUAAUAAUUUAAUUAACAUCAA